AUGAAGCCACAAUUAUUCUUCCUUACGGGUGCGGCGUUGGUGACCUGCGUUGCCGCAGAAUGCAGCCGAUCCUUUCUCGUAGACGCCACAACCCAAUACGUAGCAGCGCAGACGGAGGGCAAGCCGGCCACCCUGACAGCCAUCACUGCUGACAACCUCAACUACACCGAGAGCGACAAGACGGUCGACAUUACGACCGGCGUCCUCGCACAACCCAUGAAAAUCGACCACAACCGCAGCAUCCACGACACCACCCUAUGUGCGACCUUCACCGAGCUGAUCGCCAGCUUGAUCGAGACCAUUGCGACCAAGCCGGGCGACUGGGCCUUCAACGCCACAGGGUACCUGCAUUGGAACUCCCUCGAGACUUGGGACCCCAUUCCCGCCUCGGAGCACGACAGCCGGGAGGUGAUCCAGGCCGCGGGCGACGCCUACUUCGACCGGUUCAACAACGCCAACAUCACCGUCCCGUUCGGCACCCCCUGCGCGCGGCUCAAGGGCGGCGCCUACACGGACCCCCGCGGCUCGGGCAACGGCACCUGCGCGCUUGGGCUGCCAUCCACCAUCGAGGUAACAAACCGGCGGUACGUGGUCGACGAGGAGAUGGGGGCCGUCGCCAUCUACGUGGGCUUCCCCGGCCUGGACAGGUCCGUCCCAGAGAAACCGAUGCCGGACAGUCACUUCUUUCGGGUCGAGGGCGGCGAGAUUCGGUACAUUCACACCGUCACGACGUGCGAGAACGCUGGGUGCGGGAUGAACGGGACAGGGAUCCCACCCGCUUAA